AGCACCUUAACCUGAUCCAGCCUCUGUGAUGAUUCAAAGUUCAAACAAUAAGAAAAAUAUCCCCAUUAGCAAAACAAAGCAAGCAAUACCCAUGUCUCUCCUCGUCCUGUUCUCCUUCUUCUUCACUCUCCUUCUCUCAAACACUUCACCAUCUUUGUCCCUACAAGCUCGAUCUUUCACAUUCUCGGACUUCCCAUGGCGCCCAACUCAAAACAAACUCCUCAUCUCUGAAAACAACGUUUUCGCCGCUGGUUUUAAGGCUGCAAACUCUUCUCCAAAUCGCUAUAUUUUCUCCAUUUGGUAUCACAACGUUUCUGGAAAUUAUAACACAAUUGUUUGGUCAACCGACGCGAAAUCUCCGGUCACCGAUGAUUCCUCCCUUGUUCUCGGCGACAAUGGUGUUCUUCGUUUAAUUGACUCUUCAGGCCAAAACUUGUUUCCGUGGGACUCUACAGAGACUGGUAAUAAUCUGAAUUCUACUAGGUUAACCUUGGAGGAUUCGGGUAAUCUUGUUUAUGGCAAUUGGCAGAGUUUCAAUCAUCCAACGGAUACGAUUUUGCCUAACCAGACAAUGAAUGGAAGCAAGGAGACCACAUUGCAAUCGAAGAACGGUAAAUUCGGGUUCGUGGGUUGGAAAAGCCUGGUUUUUCGUUCAUCUUCAUAUUGGAGCACUAGUAAUGCGUUUAUAAUGCUUGAACUAACUGGAAUGGUGACUCAAGAGACUGGAGCUACUUUGGUUUCUUCAGAUUUCGGUGAAGGAAACAAGCUACGGAGAUUAACAUUGGAUGAUGAUGGGAAUCUCAGGAUUUACAGCUUCGACCGAAGAGCUAAUGAAUUGAGUGUUGUUUGGUUUGCUGUUUAUGAAACGUGUACUGUUCAUGGAACCUGCGGGGAUAACGCGAUUUGCAUGAACGAUGCUUCGAAUUCUGAUCUCACUUAUUGCGUUUGCCCACCAGGUUUCAAACAAAACACCAGUGAUCGUGAAAGCUACUCAUGUGAGAUGAAAACUCCAUGGAAGAACCACGGGGAAACCAAGUUUCUUCGGCUGGAUUAUGUUAACUUCUCUGGAGGAUCAGAUCAGACAGAUCUCAAAGUUGAGAAUUUCUCAAUUUGUCAAUCGAAAUGCCUUGCCGAUCAAAACUGUAAGGGGUUUGGCUUCAAAUACGAUGGAAAAGGCUAUUGUGUGCUUCAGAUCGAUCGCUUGGCAUUCGGAUACUGGUCACCGGGGACCGAGGCUGCGUUUUUCUUGAGAGUCGAUGAUUCCGAAACUGAUGAAUCGAAUUUUACAGGUAUGACGAGCUUGUUAGAAACAACCUGUCGUGUUAAUAUAAGCCUGCCUGAACCACCCGAUGAAUCGAAUACAGAGGUUCGAAAUAUAGUGAUAAUUUGUACCCUUUUUGCUGCUGAGCUUAUUGCUGGUGUUGUUUUCUUCUGGGGAUUCUUGAAGAAGUACAUCAAGUAUAGAGACAUGGCUCGAAGUUUCGGCCUCGAGUUCUUGCCUGCAGGAGGGCCUAAACGGUUCACAUAUGCAGAACUCAAAGCAGCUACCAGUGACUUCUCGAAUCCGAUCGGGAGAGGGGGCUUUGGCGAUGUUUAUAAAGGGGAAUUAGCCGACCACCGUGUUGUUGCCUUGAAGUGUUUGAAAAAGGUGACCAGUGGCGAUGCGGAGUUUUGGGCGGAGGUGACAAUUAUUGCUCGUAUGCACCAUCUGAACUUGGUUAGAUUAUGGGGAUUUUGUGCUGAAAAAGGCCAGAGAAUCCUUGUCUAUGAGUAUGUUCCUAACGGUUCUCUUGAUAAAUACCUGUUCCCUGCAAGUCAGGCCCCAUCUUUAGACAAGAUAGUGGAGAUCGAUCCAAGAAACACCGACGUGCCGAAACCGAUUCUAGAUUGGAACAUCCGAUACAGAAUCGCGCUUGGUGUGGCGCGAGCAAUCGCAUAUUUGCACGAAGAAUGCUUAGAAUGGGUGCUACAUUGUGACAUCAAACCAGAAAACAUACUCCUAGGAGAUGACUUCUGCCCCAAGAUAUCAGAUUUCGGAUUGGCAAAGCUGAGGAAAAAGGAAGACAUGGUCAGCAUGUCAAUGGUCCGAGGCACCCGCGGUUACAUGGCACCAGAGUGGCUCAAAAUGGACCCCAUAACGCCCAAGGCCGAUGUUUACAGUUUCGGGAUGGUUUUAUUAGAGCUUGUGAGUGGGGUUCGGAGCUUCGAUAUGCAAGGCUCAUUGAUAGAUAGUGAAGAUUGGUAUUUCCCGAGGUGGGCAUUCGACAAAGCGUUCAAAGAAAUGAAAGUGGAGGACAUCUUGGAUCGGCAAAUCAAGCACUGUUUCGAUAAUCGACUGCAUUUCGAUUUGGUUGAUCGGAUGGUGAAGACAGCGAUGUGGUGCCUCCAAGACCGGCCGGAGGCAAGGCCUUCAAUGGGAAAGGUGGCUAAGAUGUUAGAAGGGACUGUCGAAAUUAUAGAACCUAAAAAACCCACAAUCUUCUACUUGGCGGAUGAGUAAACGCCCAACACUUUAUCUAAUCUAUUGAGUUUCUUGACGUUUAUGUGCAUUU